CGCGCCUUGUAGUGGAUGGGACCUCGGCUGCCGGCCCCUGCAUGGGGCUUGUUGGCUGGCUGACCUGCAGGCUGGAGGGGGGGGGGGGCACAUCGCCUGGUGAUCUGCCACAGCUGCAAGCAAGUUGGGGGUGAGAGGGAUGCUGGCCGAGAGAGUACUGAUUUGUUUCUGAGUAUGUUCUUUCAUGGGUGAUGUGGUUUGAAUCGACCCCACGGCGGUGGCCAGUCAAGCAGUUCAAAUUACGAGGAGUGCAGCCAAUAGUUUAGUCCCCUCAGGGCUGUCACUGAUUCCAGUUCCAGCUGCCCUCCACCGGGGUCAACUGUCCCUUUCAGCAAGAUGUGAAGCAACCAUCGUUGAGUUCUCUUCUACCGGCUGUUCAAGUUGAUGUGGUGAAAGCAGACAACUCACGGCCGGAUUGAACCCAUCAUUGAGCCUACUGAACAAGAUAUAGUUGCAACCAAGUCACUACCUGCAGCUCGCAGCCAAGGGGCUCCAGUGCAAGCAGGAUCUCGAGAAGCACUCGCAGGGCCGCGGCAACGGCUGGGAUGUCCCAGAGGAUCUCCACCUUGGUUGUGGUCGGGGGUGAGGCCGGCUCCGGCCUGUCACCGGAGGUGAGGGGGGCUAGCAGGGCGGGGAGAAGCCGACAAUGCACCCGGGGAACAGGGGUGCUUCCGCUUCCGCCCUGACAUGCCGGGGUCGUGGAUGGGAACAAGACAAUUCAACGGGCAACGCAACGGGCAUUCAGCGCAAUUGCUGAGGCGCUCUUGUCUGUAGAUUGGGCGCCGAGUGGCUGUUAUCAGACUCGCCCGUGCACAUUGACUGCUCAAGUGGCCGACCUCGGGAAGUGAGAGCUGUGUUGGCAAGCGUUGCCCGUCGAUGGAGGAAGCGAGAUGGGCUGACUCUCCACCACACACACCCACCCGCACCCACAACUGCCUCUUUUUAUCUGCAACCGCUGCAGCUGCUUCCUUCCCGCCAACAGCCACCUUCGCCCAGCUUUGCCGGCUCGCCCAAGACACUUCCCUUCCAAGCACCGAAUCCGAAUCCCUUCAGCGCUUCAGGGCUUGACCAAUCCUCACGCGACAGACAGCCCGCCAAGCAGCACAAAAUAGCAGCAAAAAUGGCAGCAACCACUACGCCACUGCCAAUGCCUCCCUUUGUGGACGUCCCAGGCCUCCCCAACUUCCGCGACUGCGGCGGCUAUCCAGUCACCAACACCAGCGGCGAGGACGGCGAUGGGGAGCCGCGCAAGAUCAUCCGCCGGGGCAUCCUCUUCCGCUCCAGCGAGCCCUCGCUGCUGACGGACGACGGCAUCGCCGUCCUGCGCGACACCCUGCGCAUCUCGCACGUCUUUGACCUGCGGUCCCUGCCAGAGCUAAAGCACGACGCCGAGCUCGGCGGCAGGCAGCCGAGGGAGUGGGACGGCGCCCAGAGGAUCUUUGCGCCUGUCUUCUUGGACGAGGAUUACAGCCCUGAGGCUGUUGCGAGGCGGUAUGCGCAUUUCUCAAGCGCCGAGGGCGGGGGCUUCGUGCACGUCUACGACCGCAUCCUCAAGAGCGGAACUGACCCCAGCGGCGCACAACCCUUCGCCGCCGUCCUGCGCCACCUCGCCUCGGCAUCGCAGGCCCCUACGCCGAUCCUGACGCACUGUACCGCCGGCAAGGACAGGACAGGCGUCCUGUGCGCGCUCGUGCUGUCUCUGUGCGGCGUGCCCGACGACGCCGUCGCCCACGAGUACUCGCUGACUGACCUGGGUUUGGGCCACCGCCGUGCCGAGUUCGUCGAGAGCCUGACGCGCUCCGGCCCGCUCAAAGGCGACCGAGCUGCCGCCGAGCGCAUGGUUGGCUCUCGACCUGAAGCUAUGCUGGGCACGCUGGCGCUGAUCCGCCGGGAGUAUGGGGGCGUCGAGGCUUUCGUCAAGGGGCGGUGCGGAUUGUCUGAUGAGGAGAUUGGGCAGAUUAGGAGGAAUCUAGUUGUUGAGAUUGGCGGGGUUCACCGGCCUGUUGACUGGCAGGAGCAUCAAAAGCUGCUGGUUGUGGCGUGACGCGUGGCAGAUCAGGCUAUGACGGCUCCAAAGGAGGGUGUCUGCAUUCGGGGCCGUUCUCUUUUUUUCAGGGGUAGAUAGAGCCGGCAUUGCGAGGAGUUCUGACGCGCCGUACGCAGUCUGAAAAUACACACUAUCAUGACAA